AUGACGGCGUUGUUGGCUCUACUGUUGGGCGCCGCUAUUGCGCAGGCGAACAUUGUAUUUCACUAUGUCCAGCCUACCUGUGACUCUUCGAGUCUCUCCACCACCGGCUGCCUUCGAGGCCAAGUCUGCCUCUUAAACAACACCUGCGUUCCGGCUUCACUCUCGACUCGAGCUAACGCUCCUCCUCACGAAGACGGCCGGUGCGGCAAAGACUUCGAUGAUGCCACUUGCGAUCCAAAAGGCGACUACGGUGGCUGCUGCAGCUCACACGGAUACUGUGGCAAGACUGACACCCACUGUCUGCCCAAGAAUGGCUGCCAGAAUGGCUGCGAGUCGCCAACUACCUCAGACCCGCCUCAGACAACAGAUCAUGAGCCCACGCUCGGUCGUCCCACGGAGACUCCAACCACCGACGGUACAUGCGGGGCAGAAAAUGGCGGUAGUGUUUGCGGCGACUGGGUGUACGGCAGCUGUUGCUCUAUGAUGGGCUUCUGCGGCAACUCUUCCGCUCACUGCGGCGAAGGUUGUCAGUCCGGACCUUGCGACCAAGCACCUGUUUCUCCGGCGCCGGGCCCCGUUCCUGCUCCUCCACAUCCAACUCCUGGUUCUUUCAAGAUUGUCGGCGAUUCUGGCGUCCCAGCUAUGCACGCUGCUUUGAUGCCAAAUGGCAGAGUGAUGUUCUUGGACAAGGUGGAGAAUUACACUCAACUGAACUUGCCAGAUGGCAGACUUGCGUACUCGGCAGAGUAUGAUCCGGCUACAAACGAGGUCGUUCCACUGGGCUACAAGACGAAUGCGUUCUGUGCUGGCGGUACCUUCAUGGCAAAUGGUACUCUGCUGUCUGUUGGAGGCAAUGGAAAUCUCUCAUGGCUUGAUCCUGGAGUUGAAGAUGGCUGGAAAGGCUUGCGAUACCUGACAAGAUCUGCAUCAGACGACGUUCGUGAUGGCGAAGAUUGGAUCGAGCCUGGAAAUCAACUCGACACUGCUCGGUGGUACCCUACUGUGCAGACCAUGCCGGACGGAACGAUCUUCGUAGCAUCUGGCAGCUUGAACGGCCUGGAUCCGGCGAAGAACGAGAACAACAAUCCAACCUACGAGAUCCUGGAUAGAGAUGGUGUAAGCAAGGGCAAGUCGCUACCCAUGGAGCUGCUUGUCAAAGCCCAGCCAUACUACAUGUAUCCUUUCAUCCACCUCCUCCCGGACGGAAAUCUCUUCGUCUUCACCUCGAAGUCCUCAGAGAUCUUCAAAGUCGGCGAAGAUCGCACAGUCAAGUCAUUGCCAGACCUACCAGGCGACUAUCGCACAUAUCCCAAUACUGGCGGUUCUGUCCUACUGCCACUUUCUUCUGCCAACGACUGGAAUUCAGACAUCGUCAUCUGCGGAGGAGGCGCCUACCAAGAUAUCACCUCGCCGACAGAUGCUUCUUGUGGCCGCAUUGCUCCAUUGGCCGAAGAUGCAGACUGGGAGAUGGACAGCAUGCCAGAAGGCCGAGGAAUGGUAGAAGGUACGCUCCUCCCAGAUGGCACAGUCCUCUGGCUUAACGGCGGGAACAAAGGUGCCCAAGGCUUUGGUCUUGCGGAAGAACCUACUCUCGAGGCAUUGAUCUAUGAUCCUGCAGCAAAACUCGGCGAGCGGUGGUCGACAGGAGCAAAGAGCGAGAUCCCGAGACUGUAUCACUCCGUCGCGUUGCUCCUACUUGAUGGUACUGUGCUUGUCGCAGGAAGUAAUCCGGUCGACAUGCCUGUCAUGGAGAAGAGCAAGGAAACUCCUUUUCCGACAGAGUUCCGCGUCGAAAUCUAUACUCCACCAUACCUUUCUGGGGAUAACGCGAAGAAGAGACCGGAGAAUGUUGUCCUCGAGAGUAAGGAGCUCAAGGCGGAUGGCACGAAAUUCGAAGUGCUUUUUGACGCUCCAAAGGAAGCGAAGGAAGUCAAGAUCGUGUUGUAUCACGGAGGCUUUGUGACGCAUUCGCUACACAUGGGACAUCGGAUACUGUAUCUGGAUACCGAGGGAUUCGAGGCAGGAAAGGCUGAGCAGAAGCUGGAAGCGGCCAUGCCUCCGAACAGCAAUGUCGCGCCACCUGGACCGUACGUGGUUUACGUCGUGGUUGAUGGAGUUCCGGGCAUCGGACAGUUUGUCAUGGUUGGGUAGGCUCGAGCACUUGGAUGUUGGAAGUUGGAUAGCGAAAAUGUCUCUGGAAAUCGAGAGCUGUC